AUGCCUUCUGCUGAGGAACAUGACGAUCCCGCGUGGCCGCCCGGUACCGUGCGACUGGAAGCUUUUCCCGUAGAAGAAAGGGGUUCUAUGGAGAUCAUCCUACAACCGCUACCAUCACGAGACCCUAACGACCCUCUGAAUUGGCCCAGACCCUUGAAGUAUUGGAAUUUUGGACUGGCCGCCUUCUACACCUUGAUGGUGUUUGCACUUAUCGAUGCGGCCACUCCGACUUGGGCUCCUAUGCAUGAGCAACUGGGCUUCAGUUACGACGUUCUCAACACCAGCUAUGCUGUAGGUUGUGGUGCUCUUGCCAUAGGCGCUGUCAUGUUGAAUCCAUUCACAUUGAAGUAUGGCCGACGACCAGUCUACAUCCUCAGCACAGCCAUUCAGUUCGGUGUAACGAUCUGGUCUGCACACCAGCAAACGGUGGUAGAUUUGAUGAUGGUCAACAUAAUAAGCUGUUUCGUGGGUGCCCUCGCUGAAGUGGUUGUGCAGAUGACCGUGGCCGACGUAUUCUUCGUCAAUCAGCGAGGCACCAUGAAUGCUUUGUUCUUUUGGUCAACUCGAAUAGGGGCAUCACUCACGCCCUUGGCGGCUGGCUAUGUGACAACGUCUCAAGGUUGGCGCUGGGUAUGGUGGUGGAUUGCCAUCUUCUUUGGUUUGCUUUUGCUGGCCAUGGUAUUUGGCUACGAGGAGACGAAGUUCAUCUUGCCUCCGAUUAGUGGCAUUGGCCAUUCUGAUGAGGGUACAGGGAAAGUCGACGAGAACUCUAAAAGUCCCGACUUACACAGAGAUGCUCCAUCGAACAGGAGGACCAGCCUCAAGCUGAACGGUCCAUCCCUUGACCACGAGAUCCAACGCAAGAGCUACAGGCAGCGCCUGUCACUCACGACGUCAUCGCCCGGCUCAUUCCGCACCUUUUCCCGUCAUUGCUAUCAACCAUUUCAAAUCUUGUUCUCGGUACCAGGCGUUUUCUACAUGUCUCUCGUCUACGGUGCGAUGAUGAUCUCAUCCAACAUUCUAGUCACAACAAUGUCAAAUUGGAUGACGCGGGCACCAUACAACUUUGACCCUGACCAAAUAGGUUUGAUGAGUUUGGCUCCCUUCACAGGGUCGACCCUGGGAACCUUACUUUGUGGUCCGCUCAGCGAUUGGUGGAUUUUGUUCGCGUCCAAACGCAAUAAGGGAAUCUAUGAGCCAGAAAUGCGACUUUGGGUGAUGGCAGCAUUUGCACCAUUCGCGCCAAUUGGCAUGAUACUGUUUGGUGUCGGGCUCAGUAACGGCUGGUCUUGGCCCGCCCUCGCUGUGAGCUAUGCCAUGUGCAGUUUCGGAACAGCUCCAGCAGGGACCAUAUCCUUGACGUACAUCACAGAUGCCUACACAGAAAUUGUUGGCGAUGCUAUGGUCGGAGUCACCUUCGUUCGGAACAUAUGCUCCUUCAUCAUCAUCUUCGCUCUGCCUCAGUGGAUCGCUUCUUCAGGAGUUCAGACUGUGUACAUCACAAUUGGGGUCUUAAUCACUGCCAUUCUGUUCGGAAGUGGGCUAUUUAUCGCCUUUGGGAAGAAGUGGAGGUUCCGCUUUCGCUUGAUGUACCGUCACUUCGCCCGGAGACAGUUCGAGCCUCGAGCGCUCUGA